AAACGAAUUUGUGUCUCGAUUUGCAUUCCGCUAGUUGUUUUCGCUUUUUGCGUCGUUGUUUGGAGGCCUAUUCUGGUUCCUUACUCGUACAAAUUUGUGAAGAUAGUUGCUUUCCAUAUCAUCAAUGAUAAACAGAGGAGUUUGGACAACGACCUGCUGCUUGCUCGCAAAGAAUGGAAGUUCUAUCAACUGGAAAGACGUUUUCGCCAACGGUGGUGUAAAGAGACAAACGUCAGGUCUCGAAAAAAUGUAGCCUGGCUAACCGUUAUGGUUAAUGAUGACUUUGUCGUUCCCGCUUUGGUUCUCGGUAAUUCCAUUCGAACAUUUUCUUGUCACACGAAUAUGAUUGCGCUAAUUUCAAAAGAUGUCAGUGAGAAUACAAGAAAAGCGCUUCAGAGCGUCGGCUGGAAGACUCGUUUGGUCGAAGAAAUGGAUUGUGACUGGAUGGAUGCUAAGGUUGGUGGAGAUCGAAAUAGCGGACUUUUCGGAAGACCUCUAGGACACAGAAUUAAGGGAACACACACAAGAUUUCACGCGUGGAACUACACAGACUUUUCCAAAAUGAUUUAUGUUGAUGCUGAUUACAUGCUGAUAUCUAACAUCGACGAACUCUUUGAGAUUCCAGAACACUUUGCCGCCGCCCCUUGCUCCCGACCUGGUGUUUUGGAUCCUUGUUUCAAUGCAGGGCUUCUUGUGUUCAAGCCAGAUUUGAAAACCUACCAAGAAAUCAUGAAACACUGGCGGGAGACAACAGAAAAAGACACCUGCCCAACGGACCAAGAACUGCUGAAUGAGUUUUACGCAGACAGUGGCUGGAAAGAACUUCCGUAUGCGUACAACAUCAGGCGGAUAAUCUUUCGGCCCAUGAUGUCAUUCCACUAUGCCUGCUGCCGACCUCCAAAGCCAUGGACGUCAGAAUGUCGUCCAAGUAGAAAGGAGGCGAGUAAGUUUGACGGUCCCAUCAUAACUCUUGAUGAUAUGACGUUGCUUUUCUGGAAAAACUUCUACGAACUUAUUCAGCAGUACAACUUAGAAAACUGGUGGAACAAC